AUGCUGAGUCGGAUCAAGCGUUGGAAGAGUCGACGUAGCACAAGGCGUGGACGCCGUCGAUAUGAUGACCCGGAAGCAAGCAGCAGUGUGAGGGUGACAGGCGAUCGCACGCAUGGAGGAGAUGCCGCUAAUGCGCUGGGCAUGCGCACUGAGACUGACAGCAACCACAGCUCAGGUUCUUCCGGGGGAAGCGGUGAGCUGGACCACGUCACAGGGCACCAACGCCACUUUAUCAACCGUGAAACACACCAGCCAGAGACGCUUGAGAGCAUCAUCAAGAGUGCAAAUGCACGCGCCUCCAUGGCGACCCUCAGUUACACAAGUUCCAAAUCGUCCAUCUAUGAUGAGCUGGACAGCAUCGCCGCGCAAACACCAUCGCCAAAGCUGUUGCUUGCAGGCACCGCGUCGUCUGCAGACCACCAACAGCACGCAGUUAACGACGCCGAUGCACCCGUGCGCGUGCGCCCCAAUGAGAGCUUCUCCUGCCUCUACUCCCCAGCAUCAAAGAAUGGAUCACCGCGCAUGAACCCGCCGUCGACCUCGAUUGCGCUCGAAUCGCACGUGGAGGAGAAAUUUGACCAUCGUGCAGACUCAUCCCCAUUCACAGGCACGAUGGACGCAUGCAACGCAGACAUGAUCAUCGCACAUGGCUGCACACCCGCGCAUGCCACGCAUCACGACAACCGCACACGUGACAUCGCUCAUGUGACCGUGCAAGGUGGUGACAACACGGCUGCUGCACCCAUCAUCAGCAAAGCGAGGAGCGACAGGGCACCGCCGCUGUCCACACCAUGGCGGCUCAGCCCCAUUGUGGAGUGCAGCGAGGCGCCCAGCACGGGCCGCACAAGCCGCGCAACUCCAACACUCGACCUGUCAGCCACGCCCAGCACAGAGGCGAUGACCAUGCAUGCGACAACCAAACUCCAUCACCAACUGCAACAAGGAAGCUCGCAACUCGCACACCACCAGCACCAGACGCAGGUGAGGUCUGAUGAGCCGAGUGAUGGGCAGUACCAGAACACAGACAACAACAUCAGCUUUGAAGACGACGAUGAUGAUGACUGUGCUGGUGCUGGCGAUGAACAGGAGGAUGCUGACGCUGCAACAACAGACCAACAACAGCACAGAAAGCGCAGCAGCGUGAUGGCGCGCAUCAAAGAGAUGGAAGAGAUGGAAGACGCUUGGCAGGAGCUGUUCCGGAAGACUUUCGGCCGGGACCUGAGCGCCGACAACGAUGAUGGCUGUAGCGAUGACAGCUGUGGACGUCGUGACAGUGCCGGGCACGAAGAGAUGACAGCUGGCGGCACGCUUGACGAUAGUGCAUGGAACGCAACUGCAGCAUCAGCAACAUCACCGCCGCAAUCGCCGCUCACCUCUCUUCCACCAUCGCCCGCCGGGGCGAGGCAGCUGCUCACGGAGACAUUCUCAUUCUCCGGCGAACCCCAACCGCGCUCGCGCAAUAAGAGUUUUCUCGACGCCCUUGAAAGCAAGGACAGCGCGAUCAUUGAUGGUGGUGAUGGCAGCGAUGACACAAUGCAGCAUCUCUCAACACUCAUGGAGGAGGACACAGAGGAUGAGGAGGAGAAGGAGGAGGAGGAGGAUGACGUCUUCGAAGAAGACACGGUGUUUGCAACUGGGCAGUGCUCCCUCAAUGACAGCCUGCGCACGUUCGCGUCACCGCAGCGGCGCACGCGUGCGCGCAGCUUUCUCCAGGCAACACGAGAGCUGGGGCUUGGCGGCGAUGAUGACCUCCCAAAUGCAAGCGAUGAUACUGCCCCCACAGCAGACAAACUUCAGCAGGAACCAGCGGCAAGCAACAACGUCUCACCUCAAGUAUACACGUCGGCACAGGAGAACACGCAAGUGCCCGCCAGCCCACCAACUAGCCCUUCCAAUAACAUGAAAGGCGGCGCGGCACGCAUGUGCACGCCCGCGGCCCUCGCUCGUGUCCGACGUGACAGUGGCGUCAAGUCGAAAGGGAAGGUGGUGCCUGCAAGCAACAACAUCGCAUCUGAUGAGUUGGCAGAAGAGGUUGUUUUCUGCUGCGAUGAGGACGAAGACGACGAUGACAUGCGUCCAAGCAGUGCACCUGCGUGGGGCAGGCGUGUUGGUCAUUUUUUCGCUCACGAUGAUGAUAGCGACGAAGAGGACGAUGUAGACAGAGGCGAGGGCAUGGACAACAACAACAACAGCAACAACAACAACAGCAAUAGCAACAGUGUCUGCACUAGUGAUGGCGCUGGGCAUUACAACCAUGGCCGUGGUGCAAACAGCCAGAGAAUGCAUGACGACAGCGAUGACACCAGCACCAACGGUCGCAGCAGCGGCAAUACCACGAAGGACCACACCUCUUCAUUGGCGGGUGAUGCGAACAGCAUGGAUGGUGACGCGAACAUGCAAAGUAUGAAGACAAGGGGACGAACAGGCCGACGGUACUGGGGCACGCUCACUCGGCAGCGGCGACGACAUCCGUUGCGAAGGUCUGUCAGCAACUCGGAUGUGCGCGUGCCUGCAGGCAAGCGCAAGGACAGCAACACGACGUGUGACAACAACAACACCGGCAGCAACAACGACCGUGCCUCGAACCCAAACACGAGCAGCACAAGCACGCCGAAGCAACGAACGAGGCGCACGCCGCGCUGGGCACGAAACCGUUUCCACGCCGCUGCUGUGCGGGCGCGUGGGUGUGGCGGGGUAUCGUGGCAAAAGUUCAACUCCGAUCUGAACAACAGCAUCUCAAAGUUUGAGGCCGCCCUGGGCAAGCUCAAGUCUAACCGUCAGUCGAUGAGCAAGCGAAAGUCACGCAGCGCCGAACAACAGCAACAACAACAACAACAACAACAACAACAACAACAACAACAACAGCAACAACAGCAACAACAGGUGCCACAACAGCAACAACAGGUGCCACAACAGCAGCAGCAGCAGCAGCGUGGCGACGUGGCAAUGCCAAAGUAUGUCGAAUUGUCGUGUCGUGGCCUCCCCAUUGUCCGAUCAAGUCGACCCACGUCCCCGUGUGCCGUGUACGCUCCUCGCGUCUCCGUGGACAGUGUUGCUGUAUCUGCUUGCUCGUCCCGCUGCAGCAGUGCACGCAGUAGCUUCAGACGUCGCUCUCUCCGUCGUGGAAACGACAGCGACCCCGUGCCUGCAAGCAACGGCAAUGGCGUCCAUCAUCCAACACCAUAUGAUGCAAAGCAAUCAAACAGCAACUUCACACAACAACAACAGCAGCAGCAACAACAACAACAGCAGCAGCGUGUCGGUAUGUCUGGGCCUACGUACACGCGUGCGCAUGCGCGAGAGUCUGUGGGCAAUGCGUCCACUUGCAGCCGCGAUUCGAUUGUAUUCUCAUUUGACGACGAUGCUGUGGAUCAUGCCAUUCGUGCUGCCCAUCGUGAGUCGGAGCCAUCCAACACCACAACAGCCCACGCCAACACAACUGCUGCGCAUCAUGCUGAUCACAAACACCAGCAGCUGCGACGAAAGACUGAAGGCAGCAACCGAGCCAGCGUCGUCCAUCACCACCAACAUGAACAUCAGCAUCACCACCAGCAUCAACACCAGCAUCGCCAACAGCACAAUCAACACAACGAACAGCCCCAGCACCAGCACCAACCCCACACGCCACCAGCCACGAGUCGGGGUCUUGUUCGCACCUCCAGCAGUCGGCGGUCACGCCCUCGUCGCAGCUCCCCGCUCGCCGUCUCUGCAAUGAGGGGAGCACGCAUGAUGGAUGCGGGCGCGACGGGCAACGACACAGUGAUGUGGUCGUCGUCACCAGUGCAACAUCAGGGUGGAUAUGGCAGCGGUGGUGGUGGUCGGUUGUCUGUGAGCGCAGCGUUCGGCGUCAAUAGCCCGCGUGCAUAUGGACAGAGCAGUAGCAACAACAGCCCACAUCCAGCGAGCCAUUCACCAGCAAUCACACCCCAGCACGACCCCCAACAAGUGCAACUGCGCCAAUCCCCAGGCGCAACGAGUCCGCGAAUGCAGCGUGAUGCGCGCAUUUCGUGUCCAGGUGUGGAUGAGGACGUGGUGUUCUCCCCUGGCGGUGACUCGGCCUGGCUCUCUCGCCUCUCCGGGUUUUCAGACGACGGCAACAGCCCCAUCCGUCGACAGAGCGCCAGCCCAAGACCAAGCCAGGACGCAAGCGUGCAAGUGCAACUGCCGGAUGACGACGGUCCGUCUCCUUUCAAGCGGAGCACAUGCAACACAUCGUCAUCUGUGGGCCAGCGCCGUAGUUUCCGUGACCAUCGACCGCCACCCUUGAAGUGGAGCGAAGAGUCGCAGGGUACCAGUGCACAUGGCGUGCAGGGCAAAGGCAAGCGCAAGCAAGAGACACAGCCCGCUGCUUCCGUUGCAACGAGUGCACAUAGACAUGUUGCUGCGCCCACGUCCACGCCGUGCUCUUCUGGAGCCCCCAGCUCGCGUGCCAGCCAGUCAUCCAGCAUCUACCAUCAAAUCACGUGA